AGAAAAGUUUCAGAGAUGUCUGAUGAUGAGCAAAGGCCACAGAUGGAGCGAUGGCGGCCAAAGGUAGCUGCUUCCAAAAAUGAGCCUCCUACAGAUGCAACGAUGGGGAAGGUACCUGCUACCGAAAAAAUUGUCAGAAGGACUACUUCCAAUAUCGUACGAGAGAAAGCACCGGCGGAGAAGAAGCCAAAGGCCGGAAAGAAACUACCGAAAGAAGCCGGAGCCGCAGCCGCUGAUAAGAAGAAGAAGAAGAGAACGAAGAAGAGCGUGGAGACGUACAAGAUCUACGUAUUCAAGGUGUUGAAGCAGGUUCAUCCUGACAUCGGAAUCUCCAGCAAGGCAAUGGGAAUCAUGAACAGUUUCAUCAACGAUAUCUUCGAGAAACUCGCUCAGGAGAGUUCCAGGCUUGCAAGGUACAACAAGAAGCCCACCAUCACCUCACGGGAGAUUCAGACCGCGGUGCGCCUUGUUCUUCCCGGUGAAUUGGCGAAACACGCUGUUUCUGAAGGCACAAAGGCGGUCACCAAAUUUACUAGCUCUUAGGGGUUUCAAAAUAUUAGUUG